AUGUGCUCGCGAGAAAAGAAACGUGAUCUACUAAUAUCUUUGCAGAAGAGGGAGUGCACUCUCCCAAUAACCUUAUACAAUUUUUGCGACCUCUUUUUUCAGGUCGGGUCGAUAAUCCAGGUGUAAUAUAACAAAAACGGGUCCCACACGAGAUGAACGCUCUUUUUCAGCAGUAUCAGCCCUUCUUCGAUUAUACUGUGCAGUGCUUGAACCAAGCGAUCAUGAUCCCCAAGGUUGAAGAGACUGCGGAGAAGGAGCUGUUGGCCGUUUCCUUCAACCAGGAUUGCUCCGCGCUGGCCGUUGGGCAUGACGAUGGGUACGCGUUGUACUUGCUCCGAUCAAUAGAGAGUCUGGAGAAGGUGCAUGAAAGCAGCAGUGAGUGGUUUUGACAUUUUUCUUUUGUUUUUAGAGGAGUUUCUAUGUUAGGCUCGGUAGCUGUCUUGUAUAAUAUAAAAAUCGUCUUUGUCAUGCGCUUGAACCCAAUCGAUUUUUGUCCCAAGAGCUUCCGUUGAUCUCUGGCCAUCUCCUGAACUUUUUUCCGUCAGCUCUCUAGUCAAAUUAACUCACUUUUAAAUAAAAUAAUCUGAGCUGCCUACUGCAACACAAUUUUGUUCUCGUUUCAGCACCAAAACGAACAUGCGUUAUCGAGCGACUCUUCAGCUCCUCUUUGAUCACAUUUGUCUCCAUGGAACACACAAGAAAGCUCAGUGUAUAUCAUUAUCAAAAAGACAACGAGAUUUGCAAUCACAACUACAGUUCCGCGAUCCUUUCCGUCAGACUGAACAGAAAACGGGUUGUCGUCUGUUUGGAAGAGAGUAUUCAUGUCCAUAAUAUCCGAGAUAUGAGGGUAAGUUGAUACGGAUUUUAUUUGGCGUUUAGAGAUGUCUUUGACGGCCAAUUUGGAUUUAUAUUAUGGUAGACAUAUCAAUUGGGAAAUUGUCGAAAUCGAUACAUUAGUGAUACGUCAUUAUAGCUUCUCCAUGUGAUCCGUGACACUCCGUCCAACCCGCUGGGUCUGGUUGACCUCAGUCCGAACGAAGAGAGCUGUUAUCUCGCGUAUCCUGGAUCAGCCACAACCGGACAUGUUCAAAUCUUCGAUGCGGAAACGCUGACCGCAACUUGCGGAUUCGCCGCUCAUGAUGGACCUUUGGCAGCGAUAAAAUUCAGUCCAGACUCGACGAAGAUUGCGACCGCGUCGGAGAAAGGAACUGUGAUUCGGGUUUUUGAAGUGCCCACUGGAACUCGACUUUUUGAGUUCACAAGGGGAAUGAAAAGAUGUGUCAUAAUUCAUUCUUUGGCCUUCAAUGCGGAUUCAACUUUGUUGGCUAGCUCGUCGAAUACAGAGACUAUCCAUGUGUUCUCUUUGAUCAGGCCAGAGACCAAUCAGGAUACUCAGAGGUGAGUUUUGGGGAUUGUUGUAGAUGAAGAGGUAUUGGUUUCGUCAAGUGGAAUUUGAUUGUUUCAACAUGGUGAAGUUGGUUGAAAUAGACAGUAGAAGGACUCUUUUUGCUAUUUCUGGAGCUUUCCGCUGUUAAAUUUUGGCGAUAAAAAAUUUAUGACGAGUUUUUAACAUUAGCUACCUAGUACAAUAUAAUUUUUUUGGAAUAGAGUACUUAUUUAUUUUUUUACAAAGAAAUAUCCCUUAUUUUCAGAUCCGAGGAGACUCAAGACAACCUGACGGCCUGGGUCAGCUAUUUUUCGCAACAAGCCACCGCCUAUCUCCCCUCUCACAUGAAUGAACUUAUGCUCCGUGAGAAGUCGAUCUGCACUGCUCGCCUCCCAAUGGCUGGAACCAAAACUGUUGUGGGACUUCCCAAAAUCAACGGCACCACCUAUCUCGUCGUCGCCACUGCUGAUGGCUAUCUUUUCUACUACACCAUCGAAUCGGAUGACAAGGAAUGCAGCUUGAUCCGACAAUUCCGAAUUGGCCCUGCGGCUGGUGAUGAGCCGAGUGGAAGCAUAGUUCCAAUCAGCUCGACUACCAUCGGAAAGAAGGUGGAAAGCGGUGAAAAGAAAGAAGUAAGUGGUUGAAAAUUUUGUUUUGAACUUUUAGGCAUCCCACUCGCCGAAUGAAAGAGAAUCGACUAGUCCACCAAGCAGAAAGCCAAAGAGCUUGAAUAAGUCAAGCACUCCGUCCUCGGCGAGCUCUAGCCCUCCGGAUCAGAGGGAUUCCAGCUCUCCGGAUGUCAGAAGCAGUAAGCUUUUCGUAGUUGUGCUGAUAUAGCAGGGGGUAGAAAAUUUUUGUCUAGUAUAACUUCUGAGGCGGUUGGAUUCACUUCAAAUUUGGCAUAGGUUCUUUUGAAAGGAUUGAGAAUAGUAUAUUAGAAUGGCGGAGUGAAAUUGUCACUGACCGCUGAGGUUUGGCAUAUUGUAGUAGAAUCAGAGACCUGGUUUUGAAAACUUUGUAGCUUGGCGGCUCUUUUUGAAUUCGAAAUUUUUACAGAGCCCUUGGCAAUCAGUAUUAUUUUUCCAAACCAAGUUUCUUCAAAAUACGCCGGCUAGAUUUUGCGUUAUCACCAUAUUACACUUGACAUUAACCUUUGAUCUUUUAGAAACCGAAAAAGUUCGGCCAACAGCCCUAAAGGGCCACGAUUCGGAUCUCUCCGACUCAUCCUCAUUCUCCGCCCAUCAUCGACAAACCUACAGCGAUGAAAGCGGCUCCGAAGCCGGCCCCGAUCAUUCAGGAAUCGAAUCCCCGCACGACCUCAACGACAUGGAUGAAUUUCCACCAUUAAAAGCGAAUUUUGCCUCGGAUUAA